CAGAAGAAAAAACUGAGUAAGCCUUUUGAGGCCCUGGAGAAUAUUGUUGGCCGAAGCAUUUCUCAUGGCUGGAAGGAAGCCAAUGAACCAGUCACCCAGUGGAAAGCCAUCAUUGUAGAUCAACUGCCAACAUUUCCCUCUCUCUAUUUGUUGAAAUAUGAUGGGAUUGAUUGUGUCUAUGGCUUGUGGCUUCACAGCGAUGAAGUGAUUUUAAACCUUAAUGUACUGUCGAAUAAUGAGCCAUUUCCUCAGGUGACAGACACUCAUCUGGCAAACACCAUAGUUGACAGUGCUGUGAAACAUACAUUCACGGGCACAAAUGGCUCUAAGGAAGACUGCAAUGGGAUGGUCCUAGAGGAGGUGCCAAUAAUGAAGACCUGGUUCUAUAUUACCUACAAUAAAGAUCCGGUCUUGUAUAUUUACCACCUCCUGGAUGACUACCUUGAAGGCAAUGUCCACAUCAUG